GUCACCCGUGCCAACUGCCAGCCAACUAGGCUCGAUCGAGCUACAUAUCCAGUGAGAGGAAAAGCAUUUUUCACUGUCUCAGAAACAUUUUCACCCUUUUUUUCAUAUAUUGGAGUCAUUCGUUAUUUAAAGUAUAGUCAAAGUAAUACUAACUCGCACACAAAUAUGUUUCUGUGGGACUGGUUCGCAGGGGUUUUAAGUUAUCUCGGGCUAUGGAAGAAAAGUGGCAAACUUCUGUUUCUUGGUCUGGACAAUGCAGGCAAAACUACAUUGUUACACAUGCUGAAAGAUGAUCGUCUAGCUCAACAUGUACCUACGCUGCAUCCAACAUCCGAAGAGCUGUCCAUUGGCAACAUGAGGUUCACUACUUUUGAUUUAGGAGGACACACUCAAGCUCGCAGAGUAUGGAAAGACUAUUUCCCAGCAGUAGAUGCCAUAGUAUUUCUCGUAGAUGCAAGUGAUAAAUCUAGAUUAGCAGAAUCAAAAGCUGAACUUGAUGCACUCUUAACUGAUGAACAACUCAGCGCUUGUCCGGUUCUUGUAUUGGGUAACAAAAUUGAUAGGCUGGAUGCUGCAUCGGAAGAUGAACUUAGAAAUUUCUUUAAUCUUUAUGGUCAGACUACUGGCAAGGGUAAGAUCCCACGUAGUGAAAUACCCGGACGUCCAUUGGAACUAUUUAUGUGCUCUGUGUUAAAAAAGCAAGGUUACGGCGAGGGCUUCCGUUGGCUCGCUGAGUACAUUGACUGAAUGCACAUAAUAAUCGAAACAUUCUGAUUCCUAGCAGUUUAACUCAUUUCCCUUUCCUCUGUUUAAUUGUGGAUAAAGAUAUUCAUAAUAGCGAUAGGUACAUUAUCCUUAAACAUACUAAACAGUGGGAAAGGAAUAUGUUUAAUGCUACAAACUGCAGUAACAGAUCCAAGACAGUGCACAUAAGAAAGAAAAGACAAAUUAUUCUUGGAAAACUUAAUGUAACGAGCAACCGUGAUAGGACUGAUUUCUUUGAUAUAAUAAUAUCGUAUGGGUGACGUACAUGUUCUUUAAUUUACGUCUUGGCAAGAGAUGUAUUUAGUUCCAUACAAAUUUCUUUAAUUAUUCAUUAUCUAAUUAAUAUAUUAUUAGAUCCAUGAACAUGCUGAAUAUCAAUCUGAACAUUUUGAUAAAUAAAAAUAAUCAAUAUUCUAA